AGGAGAGAGAGGAAAAAACGGCUCUCAGCAAAGCAACAAGAAGGAAGAGCAAUGGCGACACUGGAUCGCCAAAUACCAAGUGUGGAUACCUUCCUUUGCGAGCCUUGGUCUUCCUUCGUCAGUGCCGCUAAAUUACGUUUUGUUGACAACGCAGACUCGCCUUUGAAAAACAGCGACGACGAGCUUUGCUGCCUCGGUGAAGCUGUGAAGCUCAGCAAAGAAGGCAUGCUCAUCUCCAGCCGAUUUCCAGCUCUGGAGGAUUUUUCUCUCGUUGUCUGCCAUGUCUGCAAUCAGGUGGUCACUCCUCAGGGCAUCCUCGCACACUAUGGUAGCUGGGGUGUAGUUUCCCUGUGAGCCAGUCAGAGAGAGACAUACAGUCCCGGACCACACCCCCCUUCAUUCCCUCCCCACCCUUCUCCCACAAAGACAUGCAUAGCAAAAACCAGAAACGCCACGUCUCCCCCGUCUCCUCCCGGAGCGCCCUGGUUCCCAUGAAGCCCAAAGCUCCUGCUGUGGCCCCUGCUGUGGCUCCCAGUCCAGGAGACACGCUGGCCUUCAGGGUCCCUAAAGAUUACCCCCAUUCCCGCUUUAACAAGGCACCACUCGCCGUCUACCCACCAAAGGGAUCUCGGAACAAGACAUGUGUAUCCCUUCCAGUUGUAAGCCUGGAGAAAAUGCCAUGCCUCAACCGAGCCGACUCAGCAUCUCACGUGCGCCUCACUUCCUCCUCUCCCUCCCCUUCUCCUUCCGUCAACAAGCCCUCAUUCCACGCCCCCUCAUCCUCUCAGCGGUCCACUGAGAAGCUCCUGAAUGGCCGUGGCACUAGUGGGCCACCCACACCUCGCUCCACCACGUCUCCGUCCUCUUUGGAUGGGCGGCCCAGUCCGGCUCGCUCGCCCCUUGACAGACGGCCGUCAUCUACGCCUUCGUCUUCCCCACUGGACAGGAAACCCUCUCCGUCACCUUCCCCUGCACACCGGUCUGGCGCCCUGCCUUCAUCUUCAUUGUCGCCACUGGAGAAGAAGCACCAGAACGGGACAAAGGCUUCCUCCAAGUCACAUAGAAGACUCUCAGGGAGAGUGUUUGAUCCAAACAAGCACUGUGGUGUCCAGGAUCCAGAGACUAAACGGCCCUGCACGAGGUCUCUCACCUGCAAGACUCACUCCUUAACUCACCGCCGAGCUGUCCCAGGCCGGAGGAAACACUUUGAUAUCCUCCUGGCCGAACACAAGGGGCGGGCGAAGGAGAAGGAGGGAGCAAAAGUGAAGGAAAAAGACAAGGACACAUCGCAGGGAGGGAAGGAGGGCAGCAGUCAGAGUAGUCUGUCACAGGAGACCAGCAAGCCUCACUGCCCUAAUGGACGACCGCUGUCCACUCUGAAGCUACGGCUGGCCAACGCACACAUACCCAGGGUUCCUGGCUCCACCACCUCCACCUCCAGCCCUUUGCUCCCAGCACCCACCCCUGCCCAGGCUGCUAACCAAGAGCCGUUGCCCCACAGCUGGUUAACUGUAGCAGGAGACAGCAGUCGACUUUCCAGCGACGAGGGAGACACCGAGACUCCAGAGGAGUCUGAAAGGCUGGCUUAUCACUACGCCAAUCACCACCCACAGCCUUUAGGGUGUUGCGUGUUCAGCAGUAGGCUCAUGGGACGGGGCCACUAUGUGUUCGACAGGCGGUGGGACAGGAUGAGGCUGGCACUGCAAAACAUGGUGGAAAAACACCUGAACGCACAAAUGUGGAGGAAGGUGCCACUGGCUGCUGAGAGCCUCCUCUCCCUCUCCUCCUCCUCUGGUACCUCCCCCAUCACUUCACAGCAGACUCCCUCUCCCACCACUGCCAUUUCUCCUCUCCUCUCCUCCCCCUCCAACUGCCUCUCCUACACCGCCACGUUCCCUCAGUCAGCAUCCACGGCCGGAGUGUUCAGCAUUCGAGAUGCGCCGCAGCCCGUCGCCCCAGUUUCCGCGCUGGGUAAAGCACGUAACGGCAUGCAUAAAGCCAGCCGGCCAUCCAAAGACACGGAGGACUCUUUAGUGGGAUCCAAGAAGAGGAAAAACUCUUCAUUCUCCUCAUCCUCAUCAUCAUCCUUUUCUUCCUCUUCCUUGUUGACUGUGGAUAAUCACAAGAGGAACGGCAGCAGCUAUCAUCCGACGUUACAGGGCACAGGGGGAACGGCAGCACAUGCCGUUAGGAAAAAGGGACUUGAGCGUGGGGGAAGUGGGAUUUGGAGCAGCGGAGAGGACUGGCUGUUGAAAGCUGAGGGGUCACAAAGCCACAACUCACAGAACAGUCGUGAACUUGGCACGACCAGUAUACCCUACUCACCCAGCAGGGAGCCUUCUUCUACCCCCCAUCAGCCUCUGGCUCCCCCAUCCGGACCCUUGGCAUACGUAGGAGGAGCUGAGGGAAGAAAGAGGAGGAGUCCCAGCUCAUACAGGGGGAAGGCGAGCAAGCUGAGCAGGCCGGGAGGGUUGGAGAGCCUCUUUGGGAACGGGAGUGAAAGAGGAGGGAUACUGGCUUCAGGGCCUGAGUCACCCAGACAGGCCAAGUUGCAUCACUGACAGAAACCUGUUCCAUGGACUGAAUGUUGGGCAGCUGCACAGGCCACCACCGUUAGUGACCUUCCAUCUCACCACUCUUCCACUGACAGCACCAAUCAGACUGCUUCAUCUCCACGAUGUCACCCCUAUUUUACCCAAUGACAGUUCAGUUCACCCGCUGUGACAUUGGGGCUCUCUUUGCCCACAGUUGGCUGGCCGUCUCUUCCACUCUUCACCUCUUGUUAUCGAGCGUUUCAAAGGAACAGAGUCAGUGGAGUCCAAAAACUCAUCCUCAGAGAAGGGAAUAUUCUUCACAGGGUUUCCAAGGCAUUUGAAUAACACCACCACUGUACACCUUUAUGGGGAGACGAUAAUUCAAAGCAACCAGAGUUUGUUUUCUGGUUGUUUUGAGCGUUUUCCUGCCUCUUCUGUCCCGCCACAAGGAAAGCGAUUGUUUUUGGGAGUUAGACAGUUGAAGAACCGACUGACACAACUACUGUAGGACUCCUACUAGCCUUCAGCUACGCCUCCUUAACUUCCUUACCUCUCCCUCUGCCUUCUUUUCUAUCUUUCUCUCAGAUUUUCCAAUUCCUGAAAGACAAAAUAGCAGCAGCUUUGGCUGCAUUUUAUCCCGCUUUUUCUUGUAUUUCCCAGUUUCUCUCUGUCUUUUUUACAAUUCUCUGUCUGUCCUUUCUUCCCUCCUCUUUCUCCCUGCAUGCUUGUGUUCAAAGUGCACUUACUGUCCCCCCCUUACGUCCCCCUCUUCAGCGACUCCAGAGCAGUCUCCAGCAGUGCCACACGAGGACACGCUCACACAAGGGAAGAAUAAAAACGUUUCCGAAGAUGCCGUGUCAAUGCAUUGUAUUUCAGUAUAGGAAGAAGUCUGAUUUUUUUUUUUUUUUUUUUAAUGUUGCAAGAAACACAAACUCUCGUCCGUGUGUCAGGACUUGCAUCCAAAAAGGAAAUUAUUACUUCGGUGUUGGAUCUCUUUUUGUAUAAUAAUUUAUCGUUCUUUAAUGAUGUUUUCUAACUGACCAUUGAGGUUGAGAGACUUUUAUGGGCAAAAAAAUAAUUUCUACGGCAUUUUGAAGAAAUGUUGAAAGUAUUAUGAUAGUUCAUAUUGUUGAAAUUGUGUACAUAUCUGUUAUUAUUUUUGUAUUUAUUAUUAAUUGUCCCCUUUUACUUAUUGUGAGCUAAAGAGGGUGAGAGUUUUUGCCUUCCUACUUUGAUCUGUGUUUGAUGAUGUUAAUUGGCAUGGUUUCACAAAAUCUUCAAGAAUUUGUUCAUUUGUGAGCACUUUUAUCAUACGCAAAGAUGGCCCAUAAUCAAGCUUCAACUACGAACCAUUAUAAACAAGGAAAAAACUACCAGUACUCUUUUAAUAACUGCUCUCAGAGACAUCUAGCUUAUCAAGUCUAAUGAAAAAAAAUCUGAUAUUAAAACAGAGGUUUUGUGAGCUCAGCUGCAUCUAACAUGCCUGUGUCCCACUUUAGCAGCACAAGGUAUGCAAUAAAUCAUCAUGUUUUACACUAACAGGUUAUUUCUUGAUCUUUUAAAGUCAUCUUACCACAAUCGUUUAGUUGUUCUUGCAGGACUGUCUUUUCAAAAGCAUUUUUUUUGCACUUUCUACAGCAUUUUUUUAAAGACUGAAUAAUGUAAUUUUCCCAUAUAUACCAGUUACUAAAAGCUGCAGUCUUCAGAGUCCCUUAUAUUUCAGCUUUUCAGAUUUUUCCUGUCUUCCAAAUUCUGUUUUUCUUAACACAUAACACAGCAGUUCUUCUUGAAAGUACGUACUUUGUACUCAGUAUGCAAACAUUUGGGACUAAAACUUUGUCACAUCAUGACUAGGACACUUUUGCUCUUAAUGUAUGCAAUAUGCAGCUAAAAUGUCAAUUUUAAAUAAAAAGAUUUAAAAAAAAAAAAACUUUCUGAAUUGGCAAGAGUAGCACAGAGAAGACACCUCCUGUGGACAAGUGUUGCAAAUUAGCAUUUUGUUUUAAACACCAGUGUCAGUGUUACUUUUGAUGACUAAAAAUGUUAGUUGACAACCUUUUUUCCAUGAUGAAGAAGAGACUAAGACUAAAACAAUAAAGUAAUGACUAAAACUCUGACAAACAUUAAGUUAAGUUUUCAUUUUAGUUUAGUUUUUGUUGGACAUCCAAAAUCCAGGAUGUUACCCCUUCCAAUGUGGGUAAAUCAGUCAAAACUCAAUGCAUCUUGCUCUUCUACAUUUCAGCCUUAGAAUGCAGGGAUACCAAGUAAAUCAGGGUUCAUAUAACACAAAAAUAUUAGUUGGCAUCAGAAUCAGACCAGUGUUCAUUUUGUCAACUAGAGCCAUCAUUAAAACUAUGAGGUUAAAACUACUUCUACUACUAUAAGGUUAAAAAUGACUGAAAUGUGAAAACUGAAAGCAAUUAAAUAUAAAGACUAAAUCUAAGACUAGAUAAAUGUUUUGACUAAAUUGUGAGGACUUUAUGGAGUAAAACUGGACUGAAAUGUUUUAAAGUUUUCAUUGCCUCCAAUUAUGAAGGGUAGAAAUGACUAAAACAUGACUAAAAGUAAACAACAUUUUAUCCUGAAGACUAAAAUGAGAAAACAUUUUAAAGUUACUGUCAAAAUUAACACUGCUGCAGAUGUUAAAUGUCACAGCAUUAGUAGCCUCAUUCACCUGAAAUUUGUUUCUCAAACUUCUUUUCAAGGGAUAUUCUGUCAUUCAUCAAAUUUUCUUGUCUUUGACUUGUUCUGAGCUAAGAACAAAAUCUAAGAAUACUUGAGAGUGCUGUAACACACAUCUGAUUGCUGAUAUGACAGGAUAAAAUUAUUACCUUUACACUAAUCAGCCCUCAAAUAUGCUAAAGCAAGAGACACAAAACCUAUUUUAAGUUUUUUUACUGUAUUUUUUAAUCAAAUAAGCACUUUUAUAUUAUAUGAUACGCACAAAUGCAUAACAAAAAUAUGAUUUAAAACUAAAUUAACCAUGCAAGACUUGAUCUGAACUGAAAAAUGUUAAAUUAUGGAUACAUAUUAAGCAUUUGGAUAGGAUUUUUUUUUUAUUUAAAACUUAUUUAAAACAAUAAAAAUGUACCUUCAUGUUUAAAUGAGGUUCCAUCAUUUAACAGCUUUCAUUUUUGGAGAAAAAAAGAUUUCAAUCAAAUCAUAUGACUCUCCUAUCCCCAGUUUACCAUUUUCUUUUUUUAAUGUAAUCUAAAACUUAUCUUUUUCCUAUUACAGCAUGAUGCACGGUGUUUUUCAUGACGGCACAAUUUUAACAAGUGAUAUUAUCCAACUUAUGUAUUUAAGCAUUUAUUUGAUAACCUCUACUGGCGCUAAAUAUAGAAUUAAAUAACCUUUUUUUGUUUCCUUUUUUGGUUUCCUUUUAGAACAACACUACAUCCACUUUGGAACUAUUAAAGUAUUUCUUAUUACAGGAGUCAUAUUGAUGUCUUGCUACUUCUGUGUUUGCAGACAGCCCUGCAGUCCCUUGCCCUUAUAUGGGCAUGAAAGGGUUGUUUCUCUGUUAAUUAAGUCAAAUGUGCACAUGGCGUUCAGCGAUUUAAGAGCUCAGGUGUGAACAGCAAUUUAAGAAUGUCAUGACUCCGAUGCAAGUUUCCUUGAAAUUUUCUUCACAAAUGUAAGAAAAAUCUUCUGAAAUAAUGUAAAAUCUGCUUCUGGUCUUCCAAUAUUUUAUCUGUAACGUAUCAGACUUAAAGCUCCUAUAAGGAUUUUUGUAGCUCAUCAUGAAACUAACUGAAAUAAGCAAUGGGAACUCUGUAGGAGCACGAGAGAAGACCAUUAGCAACAAUACUGAUAAUUUUUUUCUAGUUUUUUCGAAUGCUUGAAACUGCUGGCAGGGGGUAGGUAUCAGACAGCAUCUUGAUAGUUGAAAGAUUUGACUGUAAAAAAAAAUUGGGGGAAAAAAAACUCUCUUUUCCAUGUCAGGAAAUUAAAUAAUCCGCCUUGUCCACAGGGGGCGCCAAAAUUAGCGGAACCAAAAGUUCCUCAUGGGCACUUUAACAUGUAGUGGUCCAAAAUAGCAUUUACAUUCAUAUUUCAAUGCUCUAAUCACGUCAUUUAUCGAACACUAAUGAAACAAAUCUGAAGAAUGUUGUGAAACCAUGCCUGAGUUUGUAUUCUCAUAUAAAGGGCCCCACAUUCCUGUUUGCCUGUGGUUCCUCCCUUUUUUCAUACUUCCUCUAGCUAUAUUUUCAGAACUCUCUAUCUUCCAGGGCGGAUUGCUCUAAUUUCUGCUGUGUGUGUAAAGCAAUCCAGGUUGAAAUGCCUUCAGUUACUUCUUAGCUGCACCACUCAAGUAGCAGUGGUUGUAAUGUAUUCACAUAGUACAUUUUAAAUGAGUUAAUUAUAAGGAGGAGACAUCGUUUGGUAAAUAUCAAGAUUAAAGCUUUACAUGUGGUGGCGUUAUAUCUAGCGAAAGAAGACUGUUAAAUUCAUGAAACAUGAGUGUUUUAUUGCUCGUAUUUAAAAAAAUAUGAUAAAAACCUUUAAUAAGAAUUACUCUUGCUGAUAAAGCUGAAGUAACUGAAAGCAUUUUUACUUCUGGAUUGCAACGUGGAGCCUAAGCGACGCUCCGAUCUGGUACUUUGCCAAGUGCUCUACUUAAAAUAACUAAAGAUUUGGUUGUUUUUCGUAUCUCUAAAGCGUCAAAGCACUAUCGAUGAAUGAAUUGUACAUAACCAGAUGUAUUUGUGUCGUGCUUUCUCCCCCAAAGUGCUUCCCAUGAUGACACUUUAUUCAUCGGAUCGUCUCAUAGCUCUUAGAUCAGUUUAGUAAUACCGGCUCUACGGUCGUUUUUACUGUAGAUACAUAUGGUUUAUGAUCAGUUAGGAUGCCUACAAUAUAUAAACACGUUUUUUUUUCUUCUGUUUAACACAAGAUACCAAGAGAUGUAGUAUGUUUUAAAAGGAUGGUUUAGAUGUGAAUUUAUGCUCAAUAAUUUUUUGUCUUCGGAUCAAAGAUCUUGGCAUGAAGAUGCCAUCCUGAUGUAUUUUUUUGCAGUUGGAAACAGAAAGUUACAGUUUAUUGCAGCUAAAAUUUAAGAUGAAGCUCAUGGAUGUUUGAUUUCAGAGCACUUUGUACAGUUUAUUAUUUGCUGUUGAAUUUUAUGGAGGUAUUAACAUUUUUUAAAAUUGCCCCUCUUUCCUUUUUUUUGCACUUUGUCAUAAUGCCCCAAAUCUUUAAUCAAUCUCUAUUUAUAUAAAUAUUUGAAAAAAGUCUUUAUCUACAGUAUAUAUUUGUAAAAGUGUUUCUUGCAUCUACAGGUGAAGAAGAAGAGUUUAUUCUUUUGGCCCUGAACACAGCGCUGUUGUUGUUUGUUGUAUCUGAUCCAGACUGAAGUGAACGUUGAAUGUUGGAAAAUUUGCCUUGUAAGAGUCGGAGUUUGUUCCAUCUCACUGCAGCUGGAUCAGAAAAUCCCAUCAGAGCAUUUGCUGUAAAAAGAGAAUGGUCUUAUAUUCAAGCUUUUAUUAAAUGAUUGAAAGUGGAUGUUGUGUUAUUUGUAAAACAAACAAGCCUAUUUUGAAUGGAUGCUCAUGAUGGA